ACCCCCUGUCAAGAGCGUCUGCGGGCCGGGGCUCGGGCCAGUCGGGGGGCGUCGCGAUGCUGCUGCGCCUGCUGCUGGCCUGGGCGGCCGCGGUGCCCACGCUGGGCCAGGCCCCCUGGGCGGCCGAGCCCCGGGCCAUCUGCGGCCCCGGCAGCUGCUACGCGCUCUUCCCGCGGCGCCGCACCUUCCUGGAGGCCUGGCGGGCCUGCCGCGAGCUGGGGGGCGACCUGGCCACGCCGCGGACCCCCGAGGAGGCCCAGCGUGUGGACAGCCUGGUGGGGGCCGGCCCGGCCAGCCGGCUGCUGUGGAUCGGCCUGCAGCGGCAGGCCCGGCAGUGCCAACCGCAGCGCCCGCUGCGCGGCUUCACGUGGACCACGGGAGACCAGGACACGGCCUUCACCAACUGGGCCCAGCCAGCCACAGGGGGGCCCUGCCCGGCCCAGCGCUGCGCGGCCCUUGAGGCCAGUGGAGAGCAUCGCUGGCUCGAGGGCUCGUGCACGCUGGCCGUCGAUGGCUACCUGUGCCAGUUCGGCUUCGAGGGCUCCUGCCCCGCGUUGCCAGAUGAGGCGGGCCAGGCGGGCCCUGCGGUCUACACCACGCCCUUCCACCUGGUCUCCACCGACUUGGAGUGGCUGCCCUUCGGCUCCGUAGCUGCUGUGCCCUGCCAGGCUGGCAGAGAGGCCUCCCUGCUGUGCGUGAAGCAGCCCGAGGGCCGCGUGGGCUGGUCUCGGGCCGGGCCCUUGUGCCCAGGGACCGGCUGCGGCCCGGACAAUGGGGGCUGCGAGCACGAGUGUGUGGAGGAGGUGGAUGGUCGCGUGUCCUGCCGCUGCGCCGAGGGCUUCCGGCUGGCAGCCGAUGGGCGAAGCUGCGAGGACCCCUGUGCCCAUGCCCCGUGUGAGCAGCAGUGUGAGCCCGGAGGGCCGCAGGGCUACAGCUGCCACUGUCGCCUGGGUUUCCGGCCGGCCGAGGAUGAGCCGCACCGCUGCGUGGACACGGACGAGUGCCAGAUCGCCGGCGUGUGCCAGCAGAUGUGCGUCAACUACGUUGGUGGCUUCGAGUGCUACUGCAGCGAGGGCCACGAGCUUGAGGCCGAUGGCAUCAGCUGCAGCCCUGCGGGGGCCACGGGCGCUCGGGCUUCCCAGGACCUAGGGGAGGAGUUGCUGGACGACGGGGAGGACGAAGAGGACGAACACGAGGCCUGGGAGACCUUUGAUGGUGGCUGGACAGAGGUGCCUGGGAUCCCAUGGAUGGAGGCCACGCAGCCACCUGACUUCGGCCUGGCCUACAGACCUAGUUUCCCAGAGGAGGGAGAGCAUCGGAUGCCCUACCUGGACCCCACCUGGCCACCCCCACUGAGUGCCCCCAGAGGCCCCUACCACUCCUCGGUGCUCUCCGUCACCCGGCCUGUGUUGGUCUCUGCCACACGCCCCACACUGCCUUCUGCCCACCGACCCCCUGUCAUCUCUGCCACCCGCCCGCCCCUGGCCCAUCAGCCCCCCGUGAUCCCUGCCAGGCACCCAGCUUUGCCUCCUGACCACCAGUUCCCCGUGAUCUCAGCCAGCCGCCCAGAUCUGCCUUCUGCCUACCAGCCCCCUGUCAUCUCUGCCACUCACCCAGCACGACCCCCCGCCCACCGGCCCCCCAUUAUCUCAGCCAGAUACCCUGAACUGUCCCCUGCCCACCAGUCCCCUGUGUUUCCGGACACCCAUGUCACUGACACUCAGACCACCACUCAUUUGCCUCAAAUCCUUGCCAGCCACACCCCUCUGGUCACGACUUCCAACGCCCAUCAAUCCCUUGUCUCCCCAGAUGUCCCAGUCCUUAAAGCCCAGGCCACUCACCUUCCCAUUGCCUCGACGGUCCAGCCCCCUCUGACCACUACCUCCAGAUCCCCUGUGCCCCCUGCCCAUCAAGUUCCUGUACCUGCUGCCACCCAGCCCCCGGCCCUCCGCACUACCCUCACCUCAGAGCCCCCUCAGCAUCCCCCUAACCAGACUUCACUCACCAGCUCUACACACCCCCAUUCCAAACCCCCACAAGUCCCAAGGGAAGGUGCCCAUGACCGCAAGCUGGCCCCAUGGCUGCCCUCAGCAGCCCCCACAGCAGCCCCGACAGCCCCGGGGGAGGCCAGUCUGGCAGGCCACAGCCGGAGGGAUGACCGGUGGCUGCUGGUGGCUCUCCUCGUUCCAACGUGCGUCUUCUUGGUGGUCCUACUCGCACUGGGCAUCGUGUACUGCACCCGCUGCGGCCCCCACGCACCCAACAAGCGAGUUACCGACUGCUAUCGCUGGGUCACCCACGCUGGGAGCAAGGGCCCAACAGAACCAGUGCCCCACCGGGGCAGCCUCACGGGGGUGCAGACCUGCAGAACCAGCGUGUGAUGGGGCGCAGCCCCCCCUCUGCGGGGUGGGGGGAAGGGGCGUGCGUUGGACACAUGGCCCAGGCUGCACCAGGGACUCAUGGGAGCUGCCCAGCUGGACAGAGGGCUUCCUGCCCCCACCCCGGACCCAGCCAGGCUCCUCUGUCAGUCAGCUACCAGACUUGACUCUUGGGGACUCUGCUCCCUGGCCCAGCACUCAAGACUGAGGAGACGCCGAGGCCACCAGGACCUCAGGGGGUGGGUGCUGGGGUCUUCUCCAAUAAAUGGGGUGCCAACCUCACCCAAA